UUCGUGAUCCAGAGGAAUACCGAAAUUCAGUCAUUGCUUGUUUUUGGUCUUUAAUCUUGUAGCAUUAAAUAUGGCUGGACGAGGGAAAUUAAUUGCCGUGAUCGGUGAUGAAGAUACGUGUACAGGUUUCCUACUUGGUGGCAUCGGCGAGUUGAAUAAAAAUCGUAAACCAAAUUUCUUGGUGGUCGAGAAGGAGACAAGUAUUGCUGAGAUAGAGGAGACCUUCAAGAGUUUUCUGACUCGCAACGACAUCGGAAUCAUCCUGAUCAAUCAGUUCAUAGCGGAGAUGAUCCGUCACGCUAUCGACCAGCAUAUGGAUUCUAUCCCUGCAGUGCUGGAGAUCCCAUCAAAGGAGCACCCGUACGACGCCUCUAAAGAUUCCAUCCUGCGCAGAGCCAAGGGCAUGUUCUCCGCAGAGGACUUCCGAUAAACACACACACCAAGAAGCAGGGACAAAGACGAGGGAGGUGGAUUUGAGACUGCCAUUAUCCUAAAUUAGUGUUAGCUUGUGUAAUGCCAUGCAAGGCUGCAGAGUAUGAAUAGUCCUGGUGUGUAUGCUUUCUGUCAAACAAACCGUUUAGUUGCAUAAUGUUUAGUCACACAGGAGCAUACAUGGAAAAGGGGAAGGAAGAACCUGAAUUUCUCCAGUAGACAAAACAGUGUGCAAUGAACAUAUUUUGGGUCAGAAUGAAUACAUCCUUUAAUGUCAGUUGUUGAUUGGCAUUUGCGUGUGUUGUCCAUAUUGACCAAUACGUAUGUGGUCCAUACAGUAGUACCAUUCAUCACUUGACAGGGUCUAGUUCUAUCCCCUUGGCAGUACUCUCCACACUCAGUGGGUUUUGUUGUAAUUUAGUUUUUCAUUCCUUUGCCUGAAAAUGGUAGUAAUGCUAUUCAUUGACUGUCCAUUGAUGGUAAAUUGUUCUUCUGUCUCUGCCUUUCCGGGUUAUUCAUAUCGUUUUGAAUCUCACGCAGGUACUGUAUGUUGUAGUUGUCUCAUACAGUCUGUUUUUAAAGUGCUUAUUUAAUUUUGUCAACGUCGACACCUGAACCAAGAACAGUGGGUUGUCACUAGCAAUACAUAGAGUUUAACAUUUGUCAGAGCAUGCAUGUGACAUUGACAGUGUCUGUUAACUUCCCAUAUGUGGAAAUCAUAGAAGGUUAGAGGCCUCUAGUGGACAAAGGGCUGUUUCAGCCAUCCCACCAUUUUGGGACCUUCAACUUCAUUUGGCUGAAUCAUUCCUCAUAAGCAGGUUGCAGUCAUUAAAUUAAAUGUCAUUAGGAAGGAUGAAUUUGAAAUUCCCACCCCCUUGAUUAAAUAAAAAGGCAGAUGUCCAUGCUCUCAGAAUCAAUAAUGAGAAAUAUAUAGGGUGUGUCCUCAACUUAUUUGUGGAUGAAAUAUACCACAUUGAGUGGGGGUGUAUACUGCAUGUCUAAAACUGAAAUUAAUGUUCUCAUAUGUUUUUUUUUGUUAAGUACUGCACAAUUUCUACCUGUUGUAAUUUAUUGUGAACUGUGACAGAUGUUAAUAUCUAUAAAAAAAAAUAUGUUUAAGAAAAUAAAUUAUUCUAUCCUGUG